UGCCUGCCUUAAUUUCCCCCUUCAUCAAAUGAGAGUAUGUAUUGUACUUGCCUCAUAGAAGGAUGCAAUGAAGGCGCAUGGCACAGUUGGUUUCACACAAUGAGCCCUCAUUUAAUGUUGGCUAUUAUUGCUACUAUUGUUAUUGUUGAAAUUGUUUUUGUCAAUAUUGUUAUGAUUGGCACUCCUGGGAAGCAGCCCCCAGGGGCCCGGUGGGGGAUUGGGUCGGCCUUCACUCCUGCUCCACCCCCUGCAGUUACUCUGCCGAUUGUGACGUCAGCUGACUCUGGGGGCGGGUGGGGGAAUCUGGCCGGAAAUCCCUCUUCCUGUUGCAGAUAAGCCCAGCUCAGCCCAGCUGACCCCAGACCCUCUUCCCUCACUCCCCCCAUGUCGCAGGAUCAAGACCCUGAGGCAGAGAGCCUGUUCACCAAGCCCCCCGCCCCGCCCCCAUCACCCCGUAAACUUCUCCAGCCUCCGCCCCGCCCUCACCCAGCCCGCUGUUCCCCAAGCCCCGCUCCAAGCCCACGCCACCCCUGCAGCAGGGCAGCCCCAGAGGCCAGCACCCAUCCCCGAGGCGGGGGUCGCGGCUCGGCCCCGCCCCUGCCCCUGCAACUUGAGCCUGGCUGCGACCCCUGCUCUGACGUCUCGGAAAAUUCCCCCUUGCCCGGGCCCUUGGGGGAGGGGGUGCAUGGUAUGAAAUGGGGCUGAGACCCCCGGCUGGGGGCAGAGGAACACGCCAGAGGUGAGCCAUGAACUGAGGACUAAAUGCCUGGGUGUCUGGGUUAGGAAGGACCUGGGGACUAGACUCCCAAGAGGCCAGGGGCCUGGACUCCUGGGUCUGAGAGAGGAAGAGAGCUGGGGUCCUUCACUCCCGGGACCAAGAUUCUAGGCUCCUGGGGAAGGAGGGAGCGGAGGCCUGGACUCCUGGCUGUGAGGGAAGCCAGGGCUGGGGUCCAGACUCCAGGGCCUCCAAGUGUCACCAGCUCACCCAUUGCCAUCUGGACUUUUCCCGACCCAGAACACUCAGAAGGCAUCGCAUCCAUGGACCUGUGGAACUGGGAUGAGGCAUCCCCACAGGAAGUGCCUCCAGGGAACAAGCUGGCAGGGCUGGGUAGGCUGCCAGGGCUGGGUAGGCUGCCGGGGCUGCCACAACGUGUGUGGGGAGGGUGUCCAGGUGGGGCCUGUGCUAACCCUAAACCCUUAUCGCCUGCAGAAGGAGCCGAAUUAGGCUUCUAUGUCCCUGAUGUGGCACUCCAAGGGGACACGCCGACAGCGACAGCAGAGACAUGCUGGAAAGGUACAAGCUCAUCCCUGACAAGCUUCCCACAGCUGGACUGGGGCUCCGCGUUACUGCACCCAGAAGUUCCAUGGGGGGCGGAGCCCGACUCUCAGGCUCUUCCGUGGUCAGGGGACUGGACAGACGUGGCGUGCCCACCCUGGGACUCUUGGAGUGGCGCCUCGCAGACGCUGGGCCCCGCCCCUCCCGGCCCAGGCCCCGCCCCUCCCGGCCCAGGCCCCGCCCCUGCUGCCGGCUCCGAAGGCGCCGCGGGCCAGAACUGCAUCCCCGCGGAGGGAGGGGCCACCUCGUGGUCGUGUGCCCAGGCGGCCGGGAGCAACACCACCUGGAACUGUUCUGUGGGCCCCAACAUCACCUACUGGGGCAGUGGCCUGGGCGGGGAGCCGCGCACGGACUGUACCAUUUCGUGGGGCGGGCCCGCGGGCCCGGACUGUACCACCUCCUGGAACCCGGGGCUGCGUGCGGAUGGCACCACCUCUUUGAAAGGGUACCAGAGCUCAGCUCUCACCGUUUUCUCCGAACCGAGCCCGCAGUCGGACCGUGCCAGUUUGGCUCGAUGCCCCAAAAGUAACCACAGAGGUCCCAUUCAGCUGUGGCAGUUCCUCCUGGAGCUGCUGCACGACGGGGCGCGUAGCAGCUGCAUCCGUUGGACUGGCAACAGCCGCGAGUUCCAGCUGUGCGACCCCAAAGAGGUGGCUCGGCUGUGGGGCGAGCGCAAGAGAAAGCCGGGCAUGAAUUACGAGAAGCUGAGCCGAGGCCUGCGCUACUACUAUCGCCGCGACAUCGUGCGCAAGAGCGGGGGGCGCAAGUACACGUACCGUUUCGGGGGCCGCGUGCCCAGCCUAGCCUAUCCGAACUGUGCGGGGGGCGGAAGGGGAGCAGAGACACAAUAAAAAUUACCGGUCAGACCUCU